GAUGUUUUUUCAGGGGAAGAAGAUGGCGAAGAAGAGAGACAGUCCCAAGCUUAUCAAAAUUAAAGACGCCAUUAAUCUCAUCAACCAACAAGUUAGUCUCAUUGGUAUCGUUCUUGAACAAAGGGAACCAAAACAAUGUCGCACCAAUGAUUGGAUUUGUACUCUAAGGAUAAUUGAUGAUACGUAUCCAAGUCCUGGAUUUACUGUGAAUGUAUUUAGUAACACUCUUGAAGAGCUUCCUCAAAUCAAGAACCACGACGACAUGAUUCUGUUUACACGCAUCAAGAUGCAAACUUUUGAUAGUGGAAAAAGAGUAAGUGCUGCUUGUAAUAAAAGGGUUUCUUCGUUUGCGUUGUUCGAAGGUGAGGAUUUUGUUUGUUACCAAUGUACUUCGAAUUUUCAUGAAGAAGAAGCACUUUACAAGAGUGCGAUGGCUGAUCUACGCAAGUUUUUUGCCAGUCGUAGCGAAGAUGUUAGAGCUUUGCAGAGUAUAUCUUACAGGACAGAACCCUGCUCUGUAGAAACUUUUUCAUUCUUGAGAGAGAUCAAGAUAGGAAAACGCUUUGAUUUGGUGGUCAGGAUUCUCCAUGCCGAUGAAGAUAUGAGCGCCGUUUUUGUUUGGGAUGGAACUGAUGCACCCCCAGCAUCUAUUCUGGCAAAGAGAAGUGAAGAAGACAAGGCAUUUAGCAGUCUCUCAGUUCAUACUUUACUGUCAAGAGAUAUAUUGCUCAGCUUCCCAACUGUUGGAACGAUCUUGAGAGUUUCUCUAAGCAGUCAUCUAUUUCAUCGGGUUAAACCUGGUGAUUGGGUAGAACUUUACCAGUUACUCUGUGAAGUUGAUAAGGGAUCUUGGGUAAUCAAAGUUACCAACUCUACAAAGGUUCGUCAUCUCGCUCAAGAUGAUCGUUUAGUUGAAAAGAUCAUGAGGCUAUAUGAUAAGAGAAUAUCAUCAAAAUUGGGACACAUUCCGUUCUGGUGUUUUCCGUCACCUCCUGGAUUAACAGAGACAGAUGAGAAUUGUGCCCCAUUUGUUACACUGAUGGACAUCAUAACAUUCCCCAAGGUUACAUGCAAGUACAGAUGCAUUGUUCGGGUUGUAACUGCAUAUCCUUGGCAAGUAGAUGAUUUUUGUUCAAAUGAGAAUCGCCUUCGAGUUUUGUUGACUCUGGAGGAUCCAACAGCGACUUUAGAAGCUUUCUUAUGCGAUAAAGAUGCUGUAAGAGUACUUUUGGGGUUUAGGGUUUCAGGACACAGAGACAUUGAGGAAGAAGCGGAAUUGGUUGCUCGGAAUAAGGGAAAGCUCGAACUUCGUGGCUCCAAGAAAUCCACCAUGGAUAGAGUGCUGCAUCCUCUCCUACUAUACUAACAAAGCUGACCCGUGGAAUACCAGAUUAUACAGAAUCUUUGGUACUAGACUACUUAAUUAAGCAUUUUUAAUUGU